GCGUUUGUGUGGUUCAUUUAAUUUACAUAUGCAAACAACGCAAAGCGCUAUCAACUCCCUAUUUAAACGUAUCUAAUCACAGAACCAGGCCACCUGUGAAAAUAAGUGGCAGUUAGUUAAUAUUCUCGAUGACAAUGUUUUCCAGUAUGAUGCAGCCACGUCAAAGUGAGUUUUUCAUUUUCCUCAACAAGGUUACGUAAUUUAGCAAAUUUCCCGUGAGAUUAAGGAAAAAUAGAUCAGUGAAAGUGCGCUCGUUAAGAUGCUUUGCAAAACAUUAACGGAAAAGUGUUGUAACGUAAAUAUGUGGAAAAAUUAAAGAGAAUUAGUGAACUUGCAAACAAGAAACAUAGUGAAAAAUAAGAAUAUUUUACAACAAAACUAUCAUCAUCGUGUAUAGAAACUAGUUUAGCAAAAAAAGUCAUAUUUAUCUUAUGCACAGCGAAAAUACCAAGUCUUCGAUGUCGACAUAUCCAUCAUUUAACUCACGUCGUUUUAUGAAUACAAUGGACGUUGGUAUAGUGAAAAUCGCAGAAGACAGCGACUUCUGCAACUUGAAACGGUUGGUGGACGACCACGACGGUUGGAAGUUAGAGUACGAUAGCAAUUCAGAAAAUAUAAAGGUCUGGACCAAAUCUACGCCAGCAACGAAUUUUAAAAUGGUAAAAGUUCACUCAUCAUUUUCAAAUAUAACGGCAAACACAAUGUUCGAUGUGUUACACGAUCCAGAUUAUCGCAAGAAAUGGGAUGAACAUAUGCUGGUUUCCACCGAAAUAGGCUAUUUGAACCCGAACAAUGACGUUGGAUAUUAUGCAUUGUCUUGCCCUGCUCCAGUAAAGAAUAGAGACUUUGUCCUGCAAAGGUCAUGGCUCGACUUGGGUAACGAAAAACUAAUCAUUAACCAUUCAGUUAAUCAUAAAGAUUAUGGCCAGAAAAAAGGAUUUGUAAGAGCCACCUCAUACCUUACAGGCUUUGUGGUGAGAAAAUCUGGACCUGGUUGUUUCUUAGGAUACAUUUCCCAAACUGACCCAAAAGGCAAACUGCCCACAUGGUUGGUAAACAAAAUAACGCAAAAGUUUGCGCCGAGAGUGGCGAAACAGUUGAAGAGAGCAGCCGAAGGAUAUGAAGACUGGAAAGCACAACAGCCGGACCCGAAGGAUAAACCCUGGAUUUAUGCCGAAUUUACGUUCCCAAGAAUUAGUGUUGCUGAUUGUAUCAACUUGGAACAUAUAGAAGAUGGUAAUGGAGAUGACGAGCAGCAUUGACCACUGUUGGGCUAAGCGAUAAGGGUUUCUCUCAGUUACGAGUUUCGCAGUAUUGUUGCCAUAUGGUACUUCAUUGAUCUUAUAAAAUGUAUAUAUUUUUUAAAGUGAAAUUUUUCAAAUAAAUAGGUUUUUAUUCACCAAACAUAUUAGAUAUUAGACAUAACUCUUAUUCAAUGCAAACUAGUUUUCAUGAUAUAAAAAUGUAUUUAUAUCGAUUUCAAUCAGUAGAUGCUAGUUUCUUAAACCGAUAAAAAACCGACCGUAAAAAAGCUUGAUAGAUGACUAUUUUGAACAGAUCAAAUACGAAUACCCAGUUGCCGACUGGAAAAAUAACUAAUAUUUCUUGAAAGAUAAUCAUUCAAAUGUAAUUACAAAUAUCGUUAAAAGGACUACCAACAAUCUACACGUACAGUAGUUUUAAGAAUAGAUUAAAGAUAGUUUAUUGUAAUUUUAUCUUUAGAAUACUGCAAAUAACAAAUCUGUGAUUUUUAAAAGGAUUACAAAGAAGUUCUUAUAAGUAUAUUAAUGUUGAGUAAGACUAAGAAUGAGAUUGCAGUUGAUUAUUAAUGAAAUAAAUUACUAAACAUUAAA